AUGGACGCGCUGGGCCAGAUCCUGCUGUGGCUGCAGCUUUGCGCGCUGACCCGGGCAGCCUACAAACUCUGGGUCCCCAACACCGACUUCGACGACGACGCCAACUGGAGCCAGAACCGGACCCCGUGCGCAGGCGCCACCGUCGAGUUUCCGGCCAACAAGAUGGUGUCGGUCCUGGUGCGAGGCGGUCACAGUGUCUCGGACCUGCUCCUGCCUCUGGACGGAGAACUCAUCCUGGACUCUGGAGCCGCGUUCAGUGCCUCAGUCGCCACCUGGGACCCGGACUGUAGCGUAGGUGGCCCCGCGCUCUUCCGCGACCCCGAUCGAUUUUCGUGGUACGACCCGCGCCUGUGGCGCUCCCAGGAAACUACGCGCGGCCUCUUCUCCGUGGAUGCGGAGCGCGUGCCCUGCCGACACGACGACGUCGUCUUCCCGGCGACCGCCUCCUUCCGUGUGGGCCUGGGUCGUGGCGCUCGGACCGUGCGCAGCGUGUCAGUCUUGGGCCGGACGUUCCUGCGCGACGACGACCUGGCCGCUUUCCUGGCGUCCCGGGCUGGUCGCCUGCGCUUCCACGGCCCCGGCGUGCUGCGCGUGGUCCCCGAGGCCUGUGCCGACCCGUCGGGCUGCGUCUGCGACAAUGAUGAAGUGCUGCCGUGGGUCUGCGCAGCUCUGCUCCAGCCCUUGGACGGCCGCUGUCCUCCGGCUGCUUGCAGCAAUGCUUUCCGGCCUGAGGGCCAGUGCUGUGACCUGUGCGGAGCCAUCGUGUCGCUGACCCAUGGCGCCGCCUUUGAUCUGGAGAAGUACCGGGAGCGGCUGCUGGGCACCUUCCUUCUCCAGUACCAGGGACUGCAGGUGGCCGUCUCCAAGGUGCGGCGCGCGUCGCGGGUCUGGGAGGCAGCGGGUCCGGGGCCCGACACGGAGAUCCAGGUGGUGCUGGCGGAAGGCCGUCCCCUGGCAGGCGGCGCCCCGCGGCUGGUCCAGGACAUCUUGGCGGACAUCGCGGAGCACGGGGAGACCCUCGGCGUCGUGUCGGCGACCGUCCGCGAGUUGAGCUCACCCGUUGGGGGCGGCUUCACGGCGGGCCCGGAAGGGCUGGGGUCCCGCGCGGGGAUUGUGGGCAGCGUCGCCGCCGUGGUUCUGCUGGUGCUGUUUCUGACAGUGUUCCUACUGCUGCGACGCUCAGGGAGGCUCAGGUUGAGGAGGCAUGGGGAGGACGCGGCCCGUGCACCGGAAGGCCCUUCCUUAAGCUUCCACAACCCCGUGUUCGACUUGGCGAGCUCCGCUGGCUGCGAGGAGCAGCCCCGCGCCCCACACCCGGACGCCAGAAACACCAGCCGCAGCUACUUCGUCAACCCGCUAUUCACUGGCGAUGAGGCAGAGGCUUGA